CCUAGAGCACCCCGCACCAGCAGCGCUUGCAUCCCUCAAGUGCUCUCUUCAGGUACCCCAACCCAGGGCCACACAGCGGAUCCCGACGUCGAGCGUGGAGGCAGAGCUCCGGGACGAUCCCAGCGAAGCGGGGGCUGUUCUGCCUGGCUGAGGGGGUCUCUCCCCGUCCCAGGGUAGCGGGAUGCUGCUGCAGCGCUGCGGGUGGCUCCUGGCCCGGCUCCUUGCCCGGCUGGAGCGGGUGUUGCCGUUGCUGGAGCUCAGCGGUAGCGUAGAGGAAGACUACAUCCAGAUUGCUCGGCACUUUGAAGCGACACGCCAGAGAUGCUGCCGCCUGGAACAGGACGGGCGUCGGGCCCGGGAGCAGCUGGCUCGUGUGGAGGCCGAGCGGGCAGCGCUGGAGGUGAAGCUCAAGCACGCCCGCAACCAGGUGGAAGUGGAGAUGAAGAAGCGGUUCCGGGCAGAGGCUGAGCAGGAGAAGCAGGAGCGCAAACUUCAGCUGGUCUUCGAGUCCCUAAUGGGGGAGCCGGGAGGCAGCAAGGUGCUGAGCAGGGAGCAGUGCUCUGUUCUCAGUGCCCUGGCUGGCUGGCGACUUGGGGCCACCCUGGCACCAGGCAGGAGGUCAUCUGCAGUGAAUGAAUCGUGCCAGUCCCUCUUGUCCCACUCAGACAUCAGUUAUGACCGCACUGAGGAUGAUGUGGAUGUUGAUAUGAUGACAGUGGUGAGGACCCUGAAGCGCAAAUCCCAGGAGAGGCAGCAUGUGUCCCUGGCCCCUCUGGCUGGCCCCGUGGUGAUGGCGAAGCGGCGCCGUUCUUCUGUGGCACCCCUCAAUGCUGCGAGUGUUGCCCCUGCUCCCCCUGCUUCUGAGGUCCCACACCCUGCUGGCAGCCUCCCACCUGCAGUUCUGCUGCCACACCGCCGCUCUCGCCAGGGACAUCGUGCCUCCAUACAUGCAGAGCCAAUCAUGGUGUGGGGCAGCAGUGAGGAUCCAGGCUGCCAUACCACAGGGCAGGAGAGCCACACAGAGAGCAGCUCCACGGGGCAGCCAGCACCAGCCUCCUUCCUCUCACCUCCACCAGGCCUUCCACCCCUCCAGCACCAGUUCACUUCCAAAAUGGUGAUCCGUCCUGAGCCAUGUGGUGUGUGCGGCUCCCGCAUCCGCUUCGGGAAGGCUGCCAUCAAGUGCCACCAGUGCCAGCUGCUGCUGCACCCCAAGUGCCAGGAGCAGUGCCCCAGGCCCUGUGUGCCCCGGCCUCGCCACCAUGCUUGGCCCCGUGAGGGUGUGGUGGCAGACUUUGCCCCCACCACGCCGCCCCUGGUGCCAGCGCUGGUGGUACAGUGUGUGACCGAGGUGGAGACACGAGGCUUGAAGGAGACAGGACUGUACCGUGUGCCAGGCACAGAGCAGCUGGUGCGGGAGUGGAAGCAGAAGCUGCUGCGAGCCGGGGGCACGCUGCCCGCUCUCAGCAGUGUGACUGACAUCCACGUGGUGUGCGGGGUGCUCAAGGACUUUCUACGGGGACUCAAGGAGCCACUAGUCACCUUCAGCCUCCACCCUGCCUUCCUGCAGGCUGCCGACAUCCCUGAUGAUGCUGCCUGUAGCACAGCUCUGUGCCAUGUGGUGAGCAAGCUGCCCCGUGCCAACAGGGACACCCUGGCCUUCCUCAUGCUGCACCUGCUCAGGGUGUCACGCAGCCCCGACUGCAAGAUGGAUGUGCUCAACCUCUCCCGGGUGUUUGGCCCUACACUGGUGGGACACAGCUCAGCCAGCCCCACACCACUUGCCAUACUGGAGGAUGUGCCACGGCAGUGCAAGGUGGUGGCCCGCCUCCUCUCGCUGCCACCCGACUUCUGGACUGGCUUUGUGGGGACAGAGCAGGAGAACCUGGUGCCAGUGCCAGCCUCGCGGGGUGAACACGCGCCAUUCUUCCACCCCAUCACCUCCCCGGAGCCCAAGCCAGACCAGCUGAGCCCCCCAGGUUCCUGCUGCUUCCCCAGCACUCUGCAGAGUUGUGUGGGCAUAGUUGCUCGGCCCUUGCAGCGGCCAACCCCAGAGAAGGUGAGAAAAUUCUUUUCUCCUGUGUAGCCUCCUGCAGCAGAAGCUCCCAGGGGGCAUGGAGCUGGCACUGGAGGCGUGAUGCCUGCGGGCCCUGGCAGCCCCUGCUUCCCUGUGUGGGAAAUGGGGAACAUGGCUGGCUCUGCCUGCUGUGGUGAGGGGAAAUUUUGGGUAUGGUUUGUAUUAAA